CAAAGAAAUAAUUUAAUUUCGGCGCGCUAUUGACGAAAUACAAGAAAAGCCAACAACCACAAAUCUCUUGGCUGAAGAAAUUCCCUCUUUACAAGAGUACGGAAAAUAGAAGGGGAAAGUGUGUGUGUGUGUGUGAGAGAGAGGAGAUCCCCACGCUCUCCCUCGGUCUCUCCGUCGCAUUUUCUAUUUCUCCAUUUUGUAUCUUCCAAUUCAUUGUACUUAGUUUGAUACUUUGUUUCCAUCUUCCAUACUUGUAAAGCUGUCCAAGUUAAUUGGAAGAGAGAAUUUGGGCGGUGUUCUUCAGCGAUCUCUUCUCUAAGAGAAAUGUCGGCCAUUUCGAAUUUCACGGCGUGCCGGCGUUUCGAAAAUGUAGCUGGAUUAACAAAAGACUCCCCCGGGCUUGGUUUGAUUCAUAAGAAAGUGAAUAUUUCUAGACCAUUCCAGAAGGUGUCUCUUGUUCAUUCAAAAAGGAUGUUUAAAGGUUCAAAUAUAAGAAUGACAAUGGUUGAUGAGAGACUUUCCAGUGGGAAGGUUGUUGUGCCAUCUGAAGUAUUGGCAUAUGAGCUCGUCCAAGGAGCAAAAGUAAGAUGGAGUUAUAUCAUGGAGGGAUCUUUGCCUGAACCACCAACUGCUGUUCUCUUGCAUGGUAUUCUUGGCAGCAGGAAAAACUGGGGAAGCUUUGCAAGGAGAUUGGCUCAAGAAUUUCCGAAAUGGCAGUUUCUCCUAGUGGACUUGCGGUGCCAUGGUGAUUCAGCAUCUCUCAAGAAGAGGGGCCCACAUACCGUUGCAUCAGCUGCUCUUGAUGUCUUAAAGCUGCUUGGCCAGCUCAGACUGACUCCGCGAGUUGUAGUUGGUCACAGCUUUGGAGGAAAAGUUGCAUUGAGUAUGGUUGAGCAGGUUGCAAAACCCCUUGCACGUCCAGUUAGAGUCUGGGUUCUAGAUGCUACUCCAGGAGAGGUUCGAGCUGGUGCAGAUGGAGAUGAUCAUCCAGCUGAAUUGAUAUCAUUUCUGAGUAAAUUACCAAAAGAGGUCUAUAUAAAUUCACUAUCAUUUUCAAAUGUUGUCCCCCCNAUGGAGGCUCUUAUACUAGAAGGGUUUUCCAGGGAUGUAGCACAGUGGGUGGUAACUAACCUUCGUCAAACCAACCCUGUUGGUUCAUCCCCUUCACAUUUAUCAUGGGUAUUUGAUCUCAAAGGUAUUGCCGAGAUGUAUCAAUCAUACGAAGAUACAAAUUUGUGGAAAAUUGUGGAAGAUGUUCCUCGGGGUGUGCAUGUUAAUUUUUUGAAAGCAGAAAGAAGUCUGCAUAGGUGGGCCCUUGAGGAUAUCAGAAGAAUCCAUGUUGCUGAGGAACAAGCUGUAGAGGAGGGAGGUGGAGUUGAAAUGCAUGUCCUUGAAGAUGCAGGUCAUUGGGUACAUGCCGAUAACCCAGAUGGGCUGUUCAAGAUCCUUUCAUUUUCUUUCCAAGGAUUUUAGGCUGAAGGACUUCUAACAUUGGUCAUAUGGCCGGGGAAAUCGGUUGUGAAGCCCUUGUAGAUCUAUAGAUUGCAGGAAGGUCCAAUUUUUUGUAGCAUAGUGUAUAUCAUCUCAUUCAUUGUGCUUGCUCGUUUUAGAACGUGAGAUGUAGCGAGGCAAUUUCACCGUUGAAUCUGAAUAUGCUAUACACUGUUGUGCCAAGAAAUUCUUCACCAGUCAGAUUGUACUGUAAUUUUCCCCUAAAAUGUAAGAGAAUGUCUUUCUUCUAAAUAUGAUUGUACGAAGUCAUAAAUCAAAUGGCAUUCUGGAAAA